CUCAGCUAAGCAGCCUAAGCUUUAAGCAUUUUUGUUUGCCUUUAUAAAAGGAUGCCAAAGCUUUCCAACGCGUUUUUCUUUUACAUAUGUAAAUCUAAGUGUACCUUUCAUAUAGAGAGAGUGCGUUUCUUUGAGGAAGAACCAAAAUGACAAUGGCAGGUGAAUGUGAGAGAUUUAUCGAAGAGUGUCCAAGCCCAGUAGUAACAGUAGCCACACCUCCACCAACGUUAAGAGCAUCUCCUUACCAUGGCAGGCAAGGUGAGAGCAAGAGCCGUGCUCACUGCACCCAAAGUCUUUCUGAAAGAAAGAAAAAAGACACAUGCUUUAGGUGCGGUAAACAAGGUCACUGGGCAGAGGAUUGCCUUUCCAGCACCCCAACAAAAGCCUCAUCUCAGCCCUCGACUCCUUCACAGGACAUCCUCCAUCUGCCCGUCCUGCGUUGCUAUUGCGGUGUCACUUGCACCAUUAGUGUUUCUCGAAGCACUCGCAACCCAGGCAGAAGGUACUAUACUCGUAAUUGCAAUUGUGAUAAUGUCCAGGCAACCCAGGGCGGAAAAUUUUUCCAAUGGUGCGAUAAUGUCAAGGCACCUAUGUGCACCUGCGGCGCCGGAGCCUGCACCAUCAACAUCCAGAGAGACCAAAAUGGGAACGAUACUAAGUAUUAUACUUGCCGCAUUAGAAUGGGGCAUGGAGCUUGUGGUUUCUUGCAGUUUGACAGUCCUCAAAAUUCUCCGAAUUUCAUUACAGUGCCAAUGUCUAUGGAGAAAGAUAAACGACCAUCAAUAUUUAGCCCACAACAUGGUGAGCCACCAAGUAUUAUGACUCACGAGGAUGAAUGCCCCAUCCCCAAUUUCUCUAACAGAAACAUAAUUGUUCCUGAAGCGGAGACGAGCAAUCUUGUGAUGGGGAAAGGACACCGUGUUUCCCGUCUAAUGUCUCAGUCUGAUAUUCAUUUCCGUCAAGUAGAGUUCUGGAACCAGAUAUCUGCUGCUGGGAAUUCACCAAAUGCAUGUAGGAAUUACUGGGAGUAUCUUAUUUCUUCUAGUCAUUGCUUUAUGAUGUAUUCAUUGCAGCUGUUUCGCUCUUCGUUAGUUAUCGUGUUCGCUGUCUCUGUUGUCAAAAUCAGGUAUAUACCCUUCGUUUGAUCCAAUAUUAAUUUCUGA